UAGUUGAGCAAAAUGGGACCAGGGACAGGUUGACAAGUUAAACUUAAAGAGAGAGAGAGAGAGAGAGAGAGAAAGGGAACAGAGACAGAAAGUAGUUUAUCCGCCGCACUUUGAUAUCUCCGCCCUUCACUCUAUUAACGGACUUACCAAAGCCCCUUUUCCAAACUCUCUUAAACCCAGACCCAAACUCACAUUUCAUUUCCUCAGAUCUCUCUCUCUCUCUCUCUCUCUCUCACACACACACUCUCUCUCUCUCUCUCCCUCUCUCUGAGAAAUCACACAAAAAUGCAAUCCUCGCUAUCUCUCUCCCUCUCUCCCCACACUUCCCUCACCAUUCCAAGGCCAAACCAAUCUUCAUUCACCACUUCGGCGAAGCCGAUCAAUCUCCGAUUCUGCGGUCUCCGGCGCGAGGCGCUCGGAGAUUUCUCUCCGCUCCUAACGCGCCGAGUCCAAUUCAACUCCAUUACCGCACGUCGUCGCUCUGCCGCUGACCUCGGCGUCUCCGCCUCGCUCUCCGGCGGCAACGGAAGCCCUCCCAAGUCCUUCGAUUAUGACUUGCUCAUCAUUGGCGCCGGCGUCGGUGGCCACGGUGCCGCCCUUCACGCCGUCGAGAAGGGUCUGAAAACGGGCAUUAUUGAGGGAGACGUGGUGGGAGGAACGUGUGUAAACAGAGGUUGUGUUCCUUCUAAAGCUCUUUUGGCUGUAAGUGGUCGGAUGCGUGAGCUUCAGAGUGAACAUCACUUAAAGGCUUUGGGUUUGCAGGUUUCGGCUGCUGGAUAUGAUAGACAGGGUGUGGCUGAUCAUGCAAACAAUCUUGCUUCAAAAAUCCGUAAUAACCUGACCAAUUCUAUGAAGGCAAUUGGGGUCGACAUAUUGACAGGUGUUGGCACCAUUCUGGGCCCUCAAAAGGUGAAAGUUGGAUCUGACAAAGUGGUAACUGCACAAAAUAUAAUCAUAGCUACUGGUUCUGUUCCAUUUGUCCCAAAGGGCAUUGAAGUUGAUGGGAAGACUGUAAUUACCAGUGACCAUGCACUCAAAUUGGAAUCUGUUCCUGAUUGGAUUGCUAUUGUAGGAAGUGGUUAUAUUGGUCUUGAAUUCAGUGAUGUAUAUACUGCACUUGGGAGUGAGGUUACUUUUAUUGAAGCUCUAGAUCAGCUCAUGCCUGGAUUUGAUCCUGAGAUUGGGAAGUUAGCCCAAAGGGUGUUAAUAAAUCCAAGGAAAAUCGACUAUCAUACUGGAGUGUUUGCAACCAAGAUAACACCAGCAAAGGAUGGGAAGCCAGUCAUUAUUGAGCUUAUUGAUGCAAAGACCAAGGAGCCAAAAGACACUUUAGAGGUAGAUGCAGCAUUAAUUGCAACGGGAAGGGCCCCAUUCACACAGGGUCUUGGUUUGGAGAAUGUUAAUGUAGCAACACAACGUGGUUUUGUUCCUGUUGAUGAGCGCAUGCGAGUAAUUGAUGCAAAUGGCAAUCUGGUCCCUCACUUGUUUUGCAUUGGUGAUGCUAACGGCAAGAUGAUGCUUGCUCAUGCAGCCAGUGCACAAGGAAUUUCAGUGGUUGAACAAGUCACUGGAAGAGAUCAUGUGCUCAAUCAUCUGAGUAUCCCUGCUGCUUGCUUCACUCAUCCUGAAAUCAGUAUGGUUGGAUUAACAGAGCCUCAAGCAAGGGAGAAAGCUGAAAAAGAGGGAUUUGAAGUAAGCAUUGCCAAGACAAGUUUUAAGGCUAACACAAAGGCCCUAGCAGAAAAUGAAGGGGAGGGACUUGCCAAGUUGAUAUACAGACCUGACAACGGUGAGAUACUUGGAGUCCAUAUCUUUGGGUUGCAUGCUGCAGACCUCAUCCACGAAGCAUCCAAUGCAAUUGCUUUGGGGACGCGUAUUCAGGAUAUCAAACUUGCAGUUCAUGCGCAUCCAACCUUGUCCGAGGUGCUUGAUGAAUUGUUUAAAUCAGCAAAGGUUAAAGCUCAAGUUUCUAGCCCAGUAAAUGAGCCAGUUGCAGUCUAAGAUUCUCAACAAAUCAAUAUAUAUUUUUUGAAGAAAUUUGCUUGUCAUAGGGAGUUUCAAGGAAAUAUGCACGUACAAGCAUCAGAAGAGAUCAACACAUUAGCGACUCUACAGAAAGAAAGAACAGACUACAAGAACAGGCCAAUUUCUCAAUAACAGUUGGGGCCAAAAUAUUUUGCAACUUGGUAUCUUGGUUUCUUAGUUUUGUCCAUGUCUUGCAGAGAUACUUGUAUUCAUAAUGCUUUGAUUUGGAAACUUUUCCGCUUCUAAAAUUUUUGGUUAACAUUAGAGGUUUUAAUAAUAGCGAGGCUAUUUAAUGUUUGCAA